UAAAAGAAAACCAAUGAAGUGCAUUUUUAUCAGUUCCACUUGAAACGUUGCCAACAAUAUGAAGUGGGUGUCCUUGAUCUUUCUCUUCGGUCUGCUCGCCAUGGCAGUGGCUUCUCCGCUAAAUCCGGGUAAUGUCAUUAUCAAUGGAGAUUGCCGCCAUUGCAAUGUUCACGGCGGCUAAAUGGAGUUAACUAAACUUAUGGAAAAUAAAGAUUGUGCAUAAAA